CACACCCAUAGAUAGCGUAUCAUGUAGGAACGUUUUGUACCAGCGUGUGAUAUUCAAAUUCUAGUAUACAACCAGUGAUAAACGCGAAAACACGUGUGUUAACAGUCCGCAAACAGUGAUAUCAGCAAAAUGAACCAAAGAUAAACUUGAAUAUAUAUAAAAAGUUUAAAUUUGUACAUUUAAUUAAUUUAAAAAGAAACAUGGAAUGUUUGAGCGGUCUAUGGAGAAGAGUGGUAGCCAAAGCGAAAUCAUGGGAAAAGCAAGAAUUAAAUGCGAGCCAGGUUAGAGAGCCAAUUUUCGGAAACCUUCUAACCAUCACGAUAGCUGAAGUGGCAGCCUACAGGAUCAUCAUUCAAGAUGUCAGAGUGGGAGCAUUGCCAUCGUAUAUGCCUUAUUUACUUAUAACCCUCGUAGCGAUAGUCGAAGCCAUUUUAGCCCCAAUUGUAUCUUGGUUGGGAUACAGAACGCGGAGGAAAAUGAUGCUCCUCUGGUCUGUUGCAUUGAUUGUGACAUCGUUCGCGUGGUUCCUGCUACCGACGCCUGACAGUAUUGAGGAGUCAGAAUUCUGCAACAGAUACGUACGUAAUCCAGUCAUUACAUACACUGGUUUGUCAGCGCGCACUGCAAUCAGGCUCAUCGUUACCAUAGUAACGGCUAUUUGCUUCUGUCUCUCAAGAGCGGCAACUUGGAGUCACUAUGUCGCGUACACUGACGAUUAUGCGCCGGAGCGUACUAGUGUCCACUAUGGUAUUAUCGUGUUAAGUCGAGUAAUACCACUGAUAUUCGGUUACAAAAUGCUGACAUUGAUAGUGGAACAGACUGUUCUAUUGAAAACGUUGAUAAUAACUAUAAGUACGAUAGUCAAUGGUAUAAGGAUACAUUUUUCCGUACCAAGAUCUGUGCCAGUGACAGAAGGUAUCAAGGUGCCGUCUAUGGAUGAUAGAGGUUUCUUUCAAAGUUUAAGUCGCGUUCUCUGCAAUCUGGUCGCCAUGACGCAGAUGGUAGCCAUGGGCCUCUUGGCAGCUGCAUUUUGGGGCUUUGGAUAUCAUGAAGAGGAAAUCGCUAAGACAAACUACAAUGUUUUGCCUCUAGCAUCGAAUCUGAACAAUCACACGGAAUUCUUCCGCUACUUCCUCGCUAUCGUCUCUGUUGUGUACGUAGGAGUUAAGCACUCGGCGCCAAUACGCAAGGAAUACGAAAUACAACGUGGUCUGAAGCAAGUUACCAAGAUGACCUUUAUAGCAGCUGUAAUGUAUGUGGUCAUUGUUAUGGUCCCACCCUGCAAGAAGGGUCAGGUCGCUGGAUUGGAGAAUAAUAGACAUUAUGUGCAUCCUACAUGCAGUUUGCCAUGUGGCUGCGUUCCAAGAUGGCGGGAGUAUUCCCCCGUGUGUGUGGUAGACACUAUGACGACAUAUCUCUCGCCGUGCGAGGCGGGCUGCGUAGGAGCUGAUACUAUUGACAAUUUGCCCGUGUACUCCAACUGUAGCUGUGCUGUAUCAGGCCGGGCGAUGCCCGGCGCCUGCAGCGACUACACCUGUCUACAUGGAUAUAACUUCCACCUGGCUAUAUUCACCAUUAUCCUUACUGUGUCGGUGCUAGCGUUCCAAUCGCAAGGCAUGGUGAUACUGAAGUCAGUGGACCCGCGGGAUAAAUCCGUCGCUAUGGGCGUGAUGUGGUCCGUAAUAGCUAUAGUUGCGUUUGUGUUCGGCCACAAUAUCUUCUAUUUUAUUGCAUUGAAAUCCUGCAGCUGGCUGACUGGUGAGAGGUGCCAACUGUUCAAUGAUCACUUCCCAUAUCUCGUGGGAUUCACCAGUGCUAUCUUAACUUCAAUAUCAGUAUCUAUUAACUUCAUAACGAAAGGUUAUUUACGAUUCAAGGAAAAAAACAGUGUGGCCCAAUCUGAUGAGGAAUGAAUUUAAGUAUUUAACAUUGUAGAUAGUUUAAGUAUGUGUCUGUGAUUUUAAACAAAAUAUGUCAACUUAGUCCUUAAAUAUUAUUUUAUAAUCAAAUUUUGUAUUUAAAUCGAUAUAGUUAAGAUUGUUUUGUACGAGUUUGAAGAAUCAUUUUUGAUUUAUAAUAUAAACCUUUUGUUAACACGUUUUAGAAUAGGAUCUUUGCAGGGUUUCGUAAUAAAUUAUUAUGAUCGUGUAUUAUAUAUUUUAUCUGUGCGUUUUAAAAUCGAGUAUUUUGCAAAUGUUUCAA